AUGGGAAACUGUUGCUCGACGGAAGUUGCCGCGGUCGUGGCGCAGCGCGGGAGCGACAAGGACGAAGCGAGCGCGGUGCCCUACGCUCGGGUGCCGUCGAGUCCGCACAAGUACGCGGUCACGGAGGACACGGAGCCGCGCGGCCACAACGACGACGAAGAGCCAGUGCCGCUGUCUCCCUCGUCGCUGUCGUCGUUUCCGUCAUCGUCGCUGCCGAGUCCAGUCGGGGCCAAGACAGCACCCGACGCGUUCGGGCCGCCCCCUAGCUGCAGCAAGCAGCACCGGGAGAACACGCACCACGUCAAGAUUGGCGACUAUAACCUACGCUACUCGUACUACUCCAAGCGCGGGUAUUACCCUGAAGCGCGGACCAAGGCCAAUCAGGACAGCUACUACUGCGAGACGCACUUUGCCGGCGACGACCAAAAGGCGUUUUUCGCCGUCUUUGACGGCCACGGACAGUAUGGCAACGUGUGCUCGCAGUUUGCAGCUGAGCAGCUGCCUGAGAACAUUAUCAGGAACUUGGACGAGAACGUGGGCAUCUUGCCGGCUCUCACGAGAGCGCAUGGCCAGACAAAUCGAGCGAUGCACGAGGCGAGUUUUGACGACUCGAUGAGCGGCACGACGUCCAUUUCAGUGCUCUUUUGUGGCAACGAGAUCCACGUCUCGAACGUCGGCGACUCGAGGGCGAUCGUGGCGCAGGAGAACCUCAAGGCGUCGACACGUGGAGGCGAGGCCAAUUUAGUGGCUAAGCCGCUGUCCAUUGACCAGACUCCGUUCCGCCAGGACGAACGAGUUCGUGUGAAGAAAUGCGGUGCUCGUAUCUUGACAGUGGAUCAAGUCGAAGGUCUGGAGCCCAUUCACGAGAACUGGGGCUUAUCUCUAGGCGAUGAGAUUGACGAGAACGGAGACCCGCCGCGCAUUUGGCAUCCUUACGGACAGUAUCCCGGCACGGCUUUCACACGUAGUAUCGGAGACUUGGUGUCAGAAGAGCUUGGUGUGACAGCGGAGCCGGAGAUUCUGUGCAAGGGCCUGAACCCGCACGACAAGUUUAUUGUCGUAGCAAGUGACGGCGUUUUUGAGUUUCUUACGAGCCAGAAUGUCGUUGACAUUGUGAAGCAGUUUGAGAAUCCGUCAGAAGCAUGCCACGCGCUGGUUGAAGAAGCGUACAAUCGUUGGCUUCAGUUUGAAGUACGAACGGAUGACAUUACUGCGAUCUGCAUAUUCCUAGAUGGUGUGACGCCUGCGAAGGAGCGUGAUGGGCCUCGCGGAAGUAUUUACGUAGGUGGAGAGGUUCUGGAUUUGCAGUCAAUGCAACGGCCAGUGCGCGGUAUCACAAAAAAUCAUGCACGCAGGAAUACAAUCGUGGGAACAGAUGCGAUCCGUUUUUCACUUGCAGAGGCCUUUCCGGAUGACGAAGAUGAGUCGGCCAAGCUGUCGACCCUGAUUGAAAAAAGCGACCGCAAGUCGGACGAAGACGAGGAAUGGAUCAGGAAAGCAGUCCAAAGCAGUUUUCUUUUCAAUCAUCUGGGUGACAGAAAGAUUCGUGAAGUGAUUUCUGUGCUGAAGAAGGUGGAAUAUAACGCUGGCGACAUCGUGAUGCGUCAAGGAGUCCCUGGCAACACAUUUUACCUGGUGGAAACUGGUGAAUUUGAGGCUCGCCACCUGGAUGACGUUUCUUUGGAUCUUUCGCUCCGAGACGAUUUCGGUCCGGAAGCAUAUGGCGAUGUUGUCCAAGUGUACAAGGCUACUGACGAGUCUCACCCUACUUUCGGGGAGCUGGCGCUCAUUUACCCGAAACCUCGCGUAAACACGGUCGUUACAAAGACGAAGGGUGCACUCUGGGCACUCGAUCGCAUCGCGUUUCGCUCAAUCUUGAUGCGGGGACGACCGCUGCGCGAUGUGGUUCGACGGCUCCGCCAGAUCAAUUUGUUGCGCCCGCUGACGGUAGCUCAGACCAAUUUGGUUGCCGAAGAGAUGCGCGCGGUUGUGUUUGAACCAAACCAAGUCGUCUUUCACGAAGGAAUGUCUGAGCCUGGCUUUUUCUUGAUCACCAGUGGUCGCAUCGAAUCGACCUCUAAGAUGGAUAGCGGAGCACGUCAUGAACUCAAGACAUUCGACUACUUCGGCGAAAUGGCUCUGGUUCGAAGGCGCUCGAUCAGCCAACGUUCGAUUCGAGCAAUUGAGCGCACCGAAUGCCUCUUCAUUAGAAGGGAUGCACUAGAACUGGCUGUUGGCAGGUUAUCUGUCAUUGUAGAAAAGGACAAGCUGCGCCAGGCGCGCAAGGCACGAAUUUCGGAGUCGAAGAAGGGAGCUACGUCAACCACGUUCGUUUGCUUCGACUUCGAGACCAAAACGGUGAUGCCCAAGUCUAUUGAUGACCUGGAAGUGGUCGGAAGCGUAAUGUCGGACUUGACCAACACCGUCCGCCUGGUGGAAGUGAAAGGGUCAUCUCCGCCAAUACGCUUGACUUUGCGGUCGGUGAGCAAGCAAGCAAUUGUCGACGCUGGUAUGCAGAAACAUGUCAGUGGCGAGCGCGAUAUUCACGUGUCGCUCUACGAAAAGAACGCGCUGGUGCCAAAGCUGUUCGGGAUGAAUGUGAACGAUUCGGAUAUACACAUGUUAUACGACACACAAAUUGUGGGUACCCUCGAGACUUUCUUGGAUGGCGAGCCGCAUGGAGAGUCUUUCGUUCGCUACUAUGCUGCACAAGUUGUGUUGGUGCUCGAGUUCAUGCAUGUGGAGGGCAUUGUUUCACGGAUGGUUGAUCCCACGAAUCUCAUGGUUGAUCGAAGUGGAAACCUACGCAUGAUCGAUUUGCGACUUUCGAAGUACGUUGGUCGUGGCCGAACCUACACUGUGUGCGGUACCCCCGAGUAUCUGGCUCCGGAGCAAAUCACCGGAGAGGGCCACAACAUCGCUGCAGACUACUGGGCGCUAGGUGUGCUUAUGUUCGAAAUGCUGACUGGAGCGACUCCUUUUACGCGAGAGAAAGAAAACGAUUUGGAGAUUCUAAACGACAUUGCCGCGUUCCGACCGGGCCAAUUAUCAUGGCCUGAGAACACAAGUGCCGAGCUGAAGGAUAUCAUCGAGAAUUUGUUGAGCCCCGACCUUGCACAUCGUCUCGGAUACACGACCUAUCGUGCUGGUGCGUGCGAGCCGAUAAAAAGGCACGCGUUUUUUGCUGGAACUGCGUGGGAAGCCACAAAGAUGGGCUCGUUCUCGGCGCCACUUGAGCCGGAGGCUGCAUCAGAAUAUAAGCAGAUAGCAGCAAGCGGAAGCCAAGAAAACGUGGACAUCGGAAGCGUCUACACGGGCAAUAUCGACUGGCUUGCCGGGUUCUAG